CAGCAGCUGGUGAGACACCCCGAGAAGGCGGUAAGGCGGCGGCGCCCCGGUCUGGAGACUCCCCGCUGCUUCUAUCAGAGUCCUGGGACAAUCGCAGCUCCGACUUAGGGUGCAUCCUCGCUCCCCAGCGGGUUCAGAGGCACCUCCGCCAUCAGCUCCAGGGAGCCCCGCCUCCAUCUCUUGGAACCCGCGCCCGAGCCAGGCCAAGGCCAGGCCAGUGACUGGCUCCCGGAACCCUGCGUGGACUCGCUCACGGAGACGGCGCUCUGCCCCGAGAACUCAGAAACUGGACCCUUCAAAGAGUCAGCCUUGUACUCGACCGUCACCUGCUGGUUGGAUUCCGGAAAGCCACUAUCUAAAGACCACAGAAAGGAGUCGCAGACCACCCAGAACUGGAUGCGUCUGGACCUAAACCUCUCUUCCGCGUGGUCUUUCCUGUGAUCUUUUUCAUCCGUUCUCUAAACCCUUCGGGCUUUGUGUGCCCGGGAGCCGUCCCCCACCACCAAAGUAGCGGGGGUGAACCCCGGAUCUUGCUGCCUUGUAUUCCAGCCAGUGCCUCCAGCUUAGAGUCUGAACCUUACGACACAAUUCUGCACACACCCAGGAAGUCCUGCCUUUUCUUCUCUUUCGGUGUCUCCAGUACUCCCCAAAAUUUCCCCUCCUCCUGUGCCCUCUUCACCCCCCUCCUUUGGGGGCCCCGUGACCCUGAAUGUGGGGGGCACGCUCUAUUCCACUACUUUGGAGACCCUGACUCGCUUCCCAGACUCCAUGCUGGGGGCCAUGUUUAGGGCUGGCACUUCCAUUCCCCCCAACCUCAACUCCCAGGGAGCCGGCUACUACUUCAUAGACCGAGAUGGCAAGGCCUUCCGGCACAUCCUCAAUUUCCUGCGGCUGGGCCGCCUGGACCUGCCCCUAGGAUAUGGGGAGACAUCGCUUCUCAGGGCAGAGGCUGACUUCUACCAAAUCCGGCCCCUCCUAGAUGCCCUGCGGGAACUGGAAGCUUCUCAGGGUACCCCUGCACCCACAGCCGCCCUGCUCCACGCAGAUAUAGAUGCCAGCCCCCGCCUGGUGCACUUCUCUGCUCGCCAGGGCCCACAUCACUAUGAGCUGAGCUCUGCCCAGGUGGACGUCUUCCAAGCCAACCUCUUCUGCACUGACCCAGAGUGUCUGGGUGCCAUGAGGGCCCGAUUUGGUGUGGCCAAUGAAGAGAGAGCCGAGGCAGGACCACACUUUCGUCUGGAGUGGGCCCCGCGCCCCCCAGAACUUCCAGAAGUGGAGUACAGGAGACUGGGGCUGCAGCCACUGUGGACCGCGGGGCCAGGAGAGCGACGGGAAGUGGUGGGCACACCGGGCUUCCUGGAGGAGGUGCUGCGGGUGGCUCUGGAGCAUGGCUUCCGUCUAGACUCUGUUUUCCCUGACCCUGAAGACCUGCUCAACUCCAGAUCUCUGCGCUUUGUCCGGCACUGAGAACUGAGAACUGGAAAUACUGCCCUCAGUUUGACUGUAGGGGAGUGGAAGGAGAAGGAAGGGGGCAGCAAAGAAGGGGAUAAAGGUUCCCCUGAAGCCUCUCCCUAGCUCUGCUUUAGGAGCUGUGAGAGCCGGAGGUCCCAUUGCACCUGACUGGAGCUCAGACGUGGACAGGACUCCCCACACCCAAGCCCACUGAGGGCUUACAGUUGGCACAGAGGGUAUGGACUGGUGCUGAUCCCGGGGGGGAUGGGGGAGUUUCCCCUGGCUUGUUCUCACCUGAGGCUGGGGACCUCCAGUUUCCUUGGUUGGAGCUCAGUAUUCAGGGGUCUGGAAAAGUGGGGAUACUUCUCUGCCCACGCUAGGCCUAGCAGAGCCGUGCAGGGACACUGAGGUUGGGAGGAAGAGGGACUUUGCAUUGCUCUAAUGUGGUCUCCUGGACUGUGACCUCUCUUCCUGGAGCUGAGUGCCCUGGCCUGACCAAUGACAAGGCCAGAACACUCUGGAACAUGGGCAGGGAGAUUCUUUGCUGUGUCCCAAGCCACCUACUGAGGGAGAGAGAAAGGCUACACUCCACCGCAGGCUGGCAUGAAGGAGCUAGGAGAAUCCCAUUAACUAUGGCGUAGAGCAUUCCUCUGGAGACCCAAGUGUUUUUAAAGGAUCUGUUUUUGAAGGUGGAGCUGGCCAUGGGGAAGAGGGUGGCAUCUUCUUGGGCCUCGGCCUCAUUUCCUUCGUGUGUGCGUGCGCGGCAGCAUGCAUCCGAAUGAUGUGAGUCUCUGACAUCCUGGCUCCCAUCUGCGUUGCUGGCGAUGGUGUCUGUCUGCUGGCCUUUCUGUGGUCUCUACUUGUCCAGACCUGUUUGGGGAUGAGAAACUGUUUGGGCACCAGGUGUGUCUAUGGGUGUGAGUAGACUGACAAUUAAUAACUUAACCACAAGGUGUGUGUGUGUUUACGCACACCUGUGCACUCGCAUCACCAAGUAUGCAGGAGGGGCCUGUUGGGAUUUGAGUCACUAGGAUCUUCCCAGAGAGAGAGAUAAGAGAAGUCACGGGGAUUAGUAGGGCCUUGGAGACCUUUAUAGCAUUCUUGGUUGCUAAGGCAACCAGAGGCCUGUUGCUAGGAUAUCGCUGGGGAAAGACCCAAGGCUGCCCAGGGCAGAGAGAAGCUGAACAGAAGGGUUCGGGACAGUCGGGGAAGCUAUGGGAAGGGAUGGGAUUUCUGCAUCCCUGAAGGGAUGGAAUGCUCAUAAACAACUUCUCUUGGGGAGUCGCUUAUUAUUUAUCACUUACAAGAAGAAAAAUAAAGUUGCUUU